GAAAUGACCCCCACGGCCGGGCCCGGGUGGCUGCCUUCAGCUCUGCUGCUGCUCCACGUCCCAGGCUGUUUGUCCUUGAGUGGCCCCCGCAGGGUGACGGGCAUCGUGGGGGGAUCCCUGAGUGUGGAGUGUCGGUACGAGGAGGAAUUCAUAGACAACAAGAAGUACUUUUGCAAGAGCCUAUGUCUGCCACCGUGGAGGAUCGUGCAGACCAGCAAGUCAGAGAGAGAAAUGAGGAGGGGCCGAGUGUCCAUCAGGGACCAUCCCGCAAACCUCACCUUCACAGUGACCUUGGAGAGACUCAGAGAGGAUGAUGCAGGAACGUACCAGUGUGGGAUCGAUACUUCAUAUUUGGAAGGAAUUCUUCGAGACCCUGCCUUCCGGGUUGAGGUGUCUGUGAUCCCAGCCACCAGCCCUGAGAGGUCCAUGAGCACCCCAGGGGCUCCCACGACCCUGCCUGUAUCCACCUGGAGCAUCGUGUCUGGGCAGGAGACCCCUGAUCCUGGCCAACACCCUCAGUCCCUGCUGGGCAGCACCCACUUCCUGCUCCUGGUCUUCCUGGAGGUGCCCCUGCUCCUGGGCAUGCUCAGUGCCGUCCUCUGGGUCAACAGGCCUCUGAGGAGCUCUGAGAACCAGUAACAUCUGUUGCCAUGGAUACCCCGCCCAGGGUCACAGCCCCCUCU